AAAAAAAAAAAAAAAAACUUUAAAUUACUUUAUUACAUAUCCAUCUUCUCCGUUUCACCUGCCUUCAGACACAGAUCUGCCAUUGUUAUUACACCAUUAUCAUCUGCUAUCCAAACAGACCUAAUUAUAAGUUCAUCCCCAAAACCCAUUUUUCUUCUUUCAUAAAAAAUCAAUGGCUGAAUCUGAAAUGGGAUCACAAGGCAAAUAUCUCGACACUUUGCUGAAUCUUGAAUCGCUGAGGAAGAGCUUGGUCAGACAAGAAGACACCAUUAUCUUCUCUCUAAUUGAGAGAUCAAAGUACCCAAUUAAUACACCCUUGUACGAUGAUGACGUCACGAUCCCCUGUGCUUCGUCUCCUCCUUCUUCUCUGUUCCACUUCUUUCUUAAGGAAUCCGAAUCUCUUCAGGCCAAGACUGGUCGAUAUACUUCACCAGAAGAGAAUGCUUUUUUCCCCGAUAAUCUACCGUCUCCGCUGCCGGGCUCGCUUCCUAAUUAUAACCCUACACAGGUAUUGCAUCCUCAAGGAGCUUGCAUUAAUAUAAACGAGAAAAUACUAAACUUGUAUCUCAAGAAUUUACUUCCUCUGAUCGCUACUAAGGGAGACGACGGGAACUAUACUUCCACUGCAGCCAGCGAUCUCGACUGUUUGCAGGCUCUCUCUAAAAAAAUUCACUUUGGGAAAUUCGUGGCCGAGGUUAAGUUCCGGAAGGCACCUGAUGACUAUGUUCCGGCUAUACGUGCUAAGGAUAGGGAUGGUUUAAUGAAACUAUUGACGUUCGAAAGUGUUGAAGAAGUGAUCAAGAAACGAGUGGAAAAGAAAGCGACAGUGUUCGGACAAGAUGUGGUGGAUCUUGAACAAAAUAAUAAUCACGGCAAAUUUAAGGUUGAUCCGUCUGUAGUUGCUCGAUUGUAUGGAGAUUGGGUGAUUCCUUUGACGAAAUUUGUUCAAGUCGAGUACCUUCUUUGUCGACUCGAUUAGUUAAUCCCUUUAACCGUCUUAGUUACCAUGACAGACGUAUUUGUUGUAUUUGAAUAAGUUUUAUGAAGCAGAUGAAUGUUUUCUGAUGUCACUUUUGGUAAUUGUAUACUUCAAAAAAGAAGAUAAAUACGUGAAAUUACAAAAAAAAACCCUCUUAUUUCGGUAAUUGCAUCUAAACCCUUAA